UGUCCUAAAGAAACAGAAAAUGGGCAAAACACCAUUUCUUGUAGCAACAUGUCUGAUGUUGUCUCUGUGUUUGCAGAGCAGCUUCGUGUAUGCUGGAAAGAAGGUUUACAUAGUGUAUCUGGGUGGGAGGCAUCAUGAUGAUCAUGAGUUACUCACUGAAUAUCAUCGUCAGAUGCUGUGGUCAAUUCUGGGAAGCGAAGAGGCAGCAUAUGAUUCGAUGAUAUACAGCUACCGGCAUAGCUUCUCGGGCUUUGCUGCAAAGCUCACAGCGUCCCAAGCCAGGAUGAUUUCAGAAUUACCAGAAGUUAUUCAUGUCACACCGGACAGAGCCUACCAAUUGGCCACGACGAGGACUUGGGAUUACUUAGGACUUUCUGCAACAAAUCCGAGGAAUCUCCUAAACAAGACGAACAUGGGGGAACAAGUCAUCGUGGGUGUCGUGGAUUCAGGAGUAUGGCCGGAGUCUGAAAUGUUCAGCGACAAAGGGUAUGGACCGAUCCCGAGCCGUUGGAAGGGAGGAUGCCAAUCAGGACAACAGUUCAACGCCUCGACUCAUUGCAACAGGAAGCUAAUAGGAGCAAAGUACUUCAUCGACGGCCUCCUUGCCGCUAUCGGAGACUUGAACACGACGGUGAACCCUGAGUUCAUCUCCCCUAGAGACUUUGGUGGUCAUGGAACACAUGUCGCCUCAACUGUAGCCGGUUCUUUCGUGUCUGACGUCAGCUAUGGAGGGCUUGGCCGAGGAACCGUCAGAGGAGGAGCUCCUCGUGCUCGUAUAGCAAUGUACAAGGCUUGCUGGCUUCAACAAGGAACUUGUUUUGGAGCCGAUCUCUUGAAAGCCAUAGAUGAAGCUGUUCGUGAUGGCGUUGAUCUCAUAUCGAUCUCUGUCGGGGGAGCAGUUCCUUUAUCUGCAGAAUUCGAUUUGCGAGAUUCAAUGGCCGUUGGAUCGUUCCACGCAGUCACCAGAGGUAUUCCGGUUGUAUGUGCAGGGGGUAAUGCAGGCCCGGCUGCUCAGACGAUCGUGAACACGGCUCCUUGGAUCCUGACUGUGGCUGCAACCACUCUGGACAGAUCCUUUCCCACUCCGAUCACAUUAGGCAAUAAUGUUACUAUACUGGGUCAGUCUAUGUACGUAGGACGAGAAAUCGGUUUCACUGGUUUAGUUUACCCCGAGAAUUCAGGAGACAGUGACGAGAGUUUUUCAGGCACCUGUGAGCAGCUUUCUGUUAAUCCGACCCGAAUAAUGGCGGGGAAAGUUGUGUUGUGUUUCACAACAAGAACAGAUAGCGGCGCUGUAAGAAAUGCUGCAGCUGCUGUAAAACAAGCUGGUGGUCUCGGAGUUAUUGUAGCAAGAAAUCCCGGCGUGACAGUUCCGUGUGGUGGUUUUCCAUGCGUUCUUGUAGACUACGAGCUCGGGACCGACAUACUAUUCUACAUACGUUCCUCUGUAUCGCCAGUGGCAAAGGUAAAGCCUUCUGGAACACUCUUUGGACAACCAGUGGCGACAAAAGUUGCGACUUUCUCAUCAAGAGGACCGAAUUCGCUUUCUCCAGCCAUUCUCAAGCCUGAUAUAGCGGCACCAGGAGUGAAUAUUCUGGCAGCAACCUCUCAAACGAGUAGCUCCCAUGACAAGGGAUUCGUCAUGAUGUCUGGAACAUCAAUGGCGACUCCUGCUGUUUCAGGAAUCGUUUCCCUCCUCAGAGCAUUGCACCCUGAUUGGUCUCCCGCCGCCAUCCGAUCAGCUCUUGUCACUACAGCUUGGAAAACCGAUCCUUCCGGCCAGCCCAUCGUAGCCGAGGGAUCAAACCGAAAACUAGCCGAUCCAUUCGACUAUGGAGGAGGCCUUGUGAAUCCAGAGAAAGCCGCAGAUCCUGGUCUGAUCUACGAUAUGGGUAUAGAUGACUAUGUCCUCUACAUGUGCUCUGUCGGUUACAGCGAUCCCUCCAUCUCCCAACUCGUGGGAAAAGCAACAUCUUGUCCGAACCCGAGACCGUCGGUUCUGGAUCUCAACCUGCCUUCCAUCACGAUCCCAAACCUGAAAGACGAAGUCACUCUCACAAGAACAGUAAUCUAUGUAGGAUCUGGCGGCAUGGCGGUCUAUAGGGCCAUGGUCGAGCCACCAUUGGGAAUUCGAGUUGACGUGACACCUAAGGUACUAGUGUUCGGACCGAUGACCAGAAGGGCUUCGUUCAAGGUUAGAGUGAAGACCGGUAACAAAGUGAACACUGGAUACCAUUUCGGGAGUUUGACUUGGACCGACUCUGAUCAUAAAGUGACCAUUCCUUUGUCUGUUAGGACACAGAUUCUCCCAAACUACAGCGACGUGAACUGAUGAGUUCAAUAUGUUAGGCUGAUGAAUAAUCUGAUGUGAUGUAUGUGUCUGGAAAAAAAAAAAAUCUGAUGUGUGGCUGUGGUGAUGAAUAAUAUGACGUCAUCUUGCAGAAAGCUUUUUA